CGGCGCAGCAAGAACCCAGCUCGGACCCCGGACGGAGAGCCCACCCGGAGACCCGGAUCUGAGUCGGGCCCCCGGCGGACUGCCGGAUUACUGUGCACCUCGAACCACGACCACCUGCUCCCUCCUGCCUCCCGGAGUCCUCGGCAUCCGGCCACCCUGCGCCCCGGAUCCUCCUGGACCGGUCGGUCCGGAUUCCCGCGGGACCGACCUGCCCGCAUCCCUCAGGAUCGCCGGGCUCGGGGCGCCGCCUCGGUCCCAGAACCGCCCGCCUGGAUUGCACCCCUUCUUACCCGGGUCUCCUGGGACCGUAAGCCAGCCUACCCACGAGCCUGCCAAGCGGACCCUCUCUCGGGUGCACGCAGCCCCGCCGGCACGGCCCGGCCCGGCGCGGCCCGGCUCGGCUCCAGGAGUCGCCCCGGCCAUGGCCCGAGCCCGCCCGCCGCCGCAGCCGUCGCCGCCGGGGCUCCUGCUGCUGCUCCCUCAGCUGCUGCUGCUGCCGCUGCUGCUACUCCCCGCCGGCUGCCGCGCUCUGGAAGAGACCCUCAUGGACACAAAAUGGGUGACGUCUGAGUUGGCAUGGACAUCUCAUCCAGAAAGUGGGUGGGAGGAGGUGAGUGGCUAUGACGAGGCCAUGAACCCCAUCCGCACCUAUCAGGUGUGCAACGUGCGUGAGUCRAGCCAGAACAAUUGGCUUCGCACGGGAUUCAUCUGGAGGCGGGACGUGCAGCGGGUCUACGUGGAGCUCAAGUUCACUGUGCGUGACUGCAACAGCAUCCCUAACAUCCCUGGCUCCUGCAAGGAGACCUUCAACCUCUUCUAUUAUGAGGCUGACAGUGAUGUGGCUUCAGCCUCCUCCCCGUUCUGGAUGGAGAACCCUUAUGUGAAAGUGGACACCAUUGCACCGGAUGAGAGCUUCUCACGGCUCGAUUCGGGUCGAGUCAACACCAAGGUGCGCAGCUUUGGGCCGCUUUCCAAGGCYGGCUUCUACUUGGCCUUCCAGGACCAGGGUGCCUGCAUGUCGCUCAUCUCCGUGCGCGCCUUCUACAAGAAGUGUGCAUCCACCACCGCAGGCUUCGCACUCUUCCCUGAGACCCUCACUGGGGCCGAGCCCACCUCGCUGGUCAUUGCUCCUGGCACCUGCAUCCCUAAUGCUGUGGAGGUGUCGGUGCCCCUCAAGCUCUACUGCAAUGGCGACGGGGAGUGGAUGGUGCCUGUGGGCGCCUGCACCUGUGCCACUGGCCAUGAGCCAGCUGCCAAGGAGUCCCAGUGCCGCCCCUGUCCCUCUGGGAGUUACAAGGCAAAGCAAGGAGAGGGGCCCUGCCUCCCCUGCCCCGCCAAUAGCCGCACCACCUCCUCGGCCGCCAGCAUCUGCACCUGCCACAAUAACUUCUACCGUGCUGACUCGGACUCCGCAGACAGCGCCUGUACCACGGUGCCAUCUCCACCCAGGGGUGUGAUCUCCAAUGUGAAUGAGACCUCACUGAUCCUUGAGUGGAGUGAGCCCCGGGACCUUGGUGGCCGGGAUGACCUCUUGUAUAAUGUCAUCUGCAAAAAGUGCCGUGGGGGUCCCGGGGUCGGGGGACCCUCAACCUGCUCACGCUGUGAUGACAACGUGGAGUUUGUGCCUCGGCAGCUGGGCCUGACAGAGCGCCGGGUCCACAUCAGCCAUCUGCUGGCCCACACACGCUACACCUUUGAGGUGCAGGCGGUCAACGGUGUCUCUGGCAAGAGCCCUCUGCCACCCCGAUUCGCAGCUGUGAAUAUCACCACCAACCAGGCUGCUCCAUCGGAGGUGCCUACGCUACGCCUGCACAGCAGCUCAGGGAGCAGCCUGACCCUGUCCUGGGCCCCUCCCGAGCGGCCCAAUGGAGUCAUCCUGGACUAUGAGAUGAAGUACUUCGAGAAGAGUGAAGGCAUUGCCUCCACAGUGACCAGCCAGAAAAACUCGGUGCAGCUGGAUGGGCUGCGGCCUGACGCGCGCUACGUGGUCCAGGUCCGUGCCCGGACUGUAGCUGGCUAUGGGCAGUACAGCCGCCCAGCUGAGUUUGAGACCACGAGUGAAAGAGGCUCUGGUGCCCAGCAUCUCCAGGAGCAGCUUCCCCUCAUUGUGGGCUCCGCGACUGCCGGGCUUGUCUUCGUGGUGGCCGUUGUGGUCAUCGCUAUUGUUUGCCUCAGGAGACAGCGGCACAGCUCUGAUUCGGAAUACACGGAGAAGCUGCAGCAAUACAUUGCUCCUGGAAUGAAGGUUUAUAUUGACCCUUUUACCUACGAAGACCCCAAUGAGGCUGUGCGGGAGUUUGCCAAAGAGAUUGAUGUGUCCUGCGUCAAAAUCGAAGAGGUGAUUGGAGCUGGGGAGUUUGGGGAAGUGUGCCGGGGUCGGCUGAAACAGCCUGGCCGCCGGGAGGUGUUUGUGGCCAUCAAGACACUGAAGGUGGGCUACACUGAGAGGCAGCGGCGGGACUUCCUAAGUGAGGCUUCUAUCAUGGGCCAGUUCGACCAUCCCAACAUAAUCCGGCUGGAGGGUGUAGUCACCAAAAGUCGGCCUGUCAUGAUCCUCACUGAGUUCAUGGAGAACUGUGCACUGGACUCCUUCCUCCGGCUCAACGAUGGACAGUUCACAGUCAUCCAGCUGGUAGGCAUGUUGCGGGGCAUUGCUGCUGGCAUGAAGUAUCUGUCUGAGAUGAACUAUGUGCACCGAGACCUGGCUGCCCGCAACAUCCUUGUCAACAGCAACCUGGUCUGCAAAGUCUCAGACUUUGGCCUCUCUCGCUUCCUGGAGGAUGACCCUUCCGAUCCCACCUACACCAGCUCCCUGGGCGGGAAGAUCCCCAUCCGCUGGACUGCCCCAGAGGCAAUAGCAUAUCGGAAGUUCACCUCUGCUAGUGAUGUCUGGAGCUACGGAAUUGUCAUGUGGGAGGUCAUGAGCUAUGGAGAACGACCCUACUGGGACAUGAGCAACCAGGAUGUCAUCAAUGCCGUGGAGCAGGAUUAUCGGCUGCCACCACCCAUGGACUGCCCCACAGCACUGCACCAGCUUAUGCUGGACUGCUGGGUGCGGGACCGGAACCUCAGGCCCAAAUUCUCCCAGAUCGUCAACACCCUGGACAAACUCAUUCGCAAUGCUGCCAGCCUCAAGGUCAUCGCCAGUGCCCAGUCUGGCAUGUCACAGCCCCUCCUGGACCGCACAGUCCCAGAUUACACAACCUUCACAACAGUCGGUGACUGGCUGGAUGCCAUCAAGAUGGGGCGCUACAAGGAGAGCUUCGUCAGUGCGGGGUUUGCAUCCUUUGACCUGGUGGCCCAGAUGACUGCAGAAGAUCUGCUCCGGAUUGGGGUCACCCUGGCUGGCCACCAGAAGAAAAUCCUCAGCAGUAUUCAGGACAUGCGGCUGCAGAUGAACCAGACACUGCCUGUGCAGGUCUGACACCCAGCUCCUACUGGGGGUGCCCCCCCAGGACUGCGCAGGGACUCCGACUAGCCAGCUGGACUUUUGGACUUUUGGAUGCCUGGCCUUAGGCUGUGGCCCAGAAGAUGGAAGUUUGGGGAAGGCCCAAGCUAGGACUUCUCCAGGCCUGUGCUCCCUCCCCAGGAAGUGUGCCCCAAACCUCUUCAUAUUGAAGAUGGAUUAGGAGAGGGGGUGAUGACCCCUCCCCAGAUGCCUCUGGGCCCAGGCCUUCCUGCUCUCCAGUAGGGGAUCCCCACAACCUCAGACUUGGCUAUUCUUCAGGCUGGAGGUCCUGGCAGGGUCAGGUGGGGGGGUAAGCCUGGGUUCCACAGGGCCCAGCCCUGGCAGGGUCUGGCCCCCCAGGUAGGCAGAGAAUAGUCCCUCCCUCAGGAACUGGAGGAAGGGACUCCAGGAAUGGGGAAAUGUGACACCCAUCCUAAAGCCAGCUGGCACCUCCAGUUUGCACAGGGACUUGUUCUGGGGGCUAAGGGCCCUGCCCCCACCCCCGCCCUUGGUGCUGUCAUAAAAGGGCAGGCAGGGACAGGCAGAGGAUCAGCCCCUUGCCCCCCAGAGACUGACUCUCAGAGCCAGAGAUGGGAUGUGUGUGUGUGUGUGUGUGUGUGUGUGUGUGUGUGUGUGCACGCACUGGCCUGCACAGAGAAUAUGGAUGAGUGUGCAAAGCUUGGCCAUGUGCCCCACGGGGGGCCAACUGGGCCAACAGCGGAAUAAAGGCAAUAAGAUGA